AUGGGUCUGCGGCUGAAGGUCUAUUGCUGUGUAGCUGGUUGUCCUGGCACGUACUGGUUGUGCCAAGCGUUAGUGACACUGCUGAGCCUGUGUGAGUGUUUCUGGGCUGCGCCUGGCCCCCGGGGACGGCCUUUGGAUCCCCGAGCCGAGUUCGAUUCCAUCGUCAACCUGGCAAGGAAUCUGCUGAGCGAUACUAAGAGCCUCUUCAAUCACUUUAAAAACCGCUAUCCAGCUGAGGGAGAACACAAGCUGGAAACGCUCCCUGUUCUCUCCAUGAAUGCCGUGGAACUUGCCAACAUCCAGGUCUCAGGAGGCCUAGCUCGGCUCAGCUCUGACCUGCAGUGCUACCAACGCCACUUUGAGUGGCUGCGCAAGGCAGCACCACUAUUGCGGCCCAUGGAGCAUGACCUUGGCACGGUGCAUGUCCGGCUUGAACGUCUGCUGAAGAGGCUGGAGCACCUGAUGGCAAAGCUCAGCCUUCCAAGGCCCAAUGACCCACUGCCAACGCUCCCAGCCCACGGCACUCAUUGGUCUGUGGUUCAAGCAGGUCAUGCCAUUGUCCACUCAUUUCACCUGUAUUUGGACUGGGCGGCCCGCGUGCUGGUUCUGAUCCGGAACAAGCUGUGA